AUGAAUAUAUUUAAUCAGCAUCAUUUUACUCCAGAGACUCCUUAGUUAUUGCAAAAUUUAAAUCUAAGAGAUUGUUAAGUUGCUAAGAAGCUAAUAUAAUUAUUAUGUCAUAGCAGCGAGAUCUAAUUUCCACCAAUAUAAAAUACAAAAAUCAAAUUGAGUGAAUAUAUGGAAAGUCUUACACAGAAGCCUAAAAACUUAUUUUAACAAUGUUCUGAAAAGAUUUAUGACAUUUUUGGUUAAAUGGAAAAUAGAACAAUUAUUAAUUCGAUUUUGGAUCAUCUAGAUGAACAUUCUUGUAUAAAUGUUUUAAUGUUGUUUUAUAAAUGCUUGUAGAAUUCUGGGUUAAAAUAAUAAAUCUAUGAGGAUGGGUAAUAAAUAAAAUAUAAUAUAGUUAUUUAACAGAAAUUAUUGAAAAAUUUGAAAAUGCUCUAACAACUCCAAACUCGAUAUAUAUGAAAUUAUCCAAACUCAGUACCACAGGAGACUUUCAUAUGAAUUUUACUAAAUUUUUAUUGACACAUUAUCCAACAGUUUAUUCAAAAGAAAAUAACAUUUAACCAAGAUAAUCAAUUUAAGAAAAUUCUUUUUAAGUAGAACCUUCAAGAUAAUAAAACAAGAAUUUCAAAAUACCUCCUUUAAAAUUACCACAAAAUAGUUUAGAAAUAAUAGGUGUGAUGACAAGAUCAACAAGAAGAGCUGAUCCUUUUAAAUCAUAUUCGACAUGUUCUAAUAGAUUCUCACAUUCGAUUGAUUCUGCAAUUAAAUUUACAAGUGGUUCUUAAGCUAUUCAUAUCGAAGAGGAUUAGUCUAGUAAAUUAAAUGCAAAAGAAAAGUAAGAUAUCAAAUAUUUAUUUUAGAUUAUAAAAUUUGGCAUAAUUAUUAGGUAGCUAUUGUUUGACACAAGAUCUAUCGUAUUUAUUAUUGAAACAAAGAAGACAACAGUUGGAGUCAUUAAAAAGAUUGGGAAUUAACACAUGGCCAAAUAUUUAAAAAGAAGGAGAGGAUACCCUUGCUGAAUCUUUGGAAUAUGAAUAAAACAAAACUUAAAAAAGUAAGAUUUGUAGACUUUGGGGAAAUAUUCUUUAUUUCCUUCUGAAGGAUAUUAAGAAAAUUCAAUACGAAUUAUGCCCAUACUCAACAAUUUUAAAUUAUUUAUGUUCGAGCUCCUUUUAGAAAAAUAAAAUAUCAUCAAAAUAAAUAUACCAAGAUUUUGACACUGAGAUCUACCAAAAAAAAUAAUUAUGUGAUUAAAGCAAAAUCAAACAAGACAAUGGAUUAAUAAGUGAAUAGAAGGUAUAUUUUUUAAUUUUAGAUUUGUUCAAUUGUGAUCAAUAACAUAUUAAAUUGUAAUAAGAUUCAUAUAAAGAAUAGUCUUUUGAAAAUGAUGAAUCAGAAAGAAGUAUAGAAGUAUGAUAAUUAAAAUAUAUAAAAAGUCUCCCCACACAGUUGCAAAUAUUCCAGAAAUGAUGAUUCCAGUGAAAAAUGAAUUAGAAAAAGUGGUUUGUAAUUAUCGACAUUCAAAUACAACCUAAUUCUCCUUUUUAAAGCAUAUUUAAUACCGAUUCAAUUUUAUUCUUAGUACUAUGGAUAUGAAUAAAAAUGCUUUUUAUGAGUUGGAAUAUGAUUUAUUAGCAAUUCUUGAGAAAUAUUUGAGUUAUACUCACAACAGAAUUUUGUUGCCUUAAUUCUUAGACUACAUGAUUGAGAUCUUAGUUAUGAUAAAGAGAUAAAUAAUUGACAUCAUUAAUUGCCAACAAUCUUCAUCUCGAACCCCUAAUCAAUCACAAUACAUAUCCAAAUCAGCCAAACAUUAUUCUUAAACUAUAACCAAUAUGUUCAAACCAAUCAACAUAUUUGAUACAUCUCCAGAUUAAAAAUCAAAUUAACUUCAAACUCAAUUAUUUUAAUAACAAUAAUAAUUUUAACCAUCUUAAUUAAAUUUUUCAUCCUAAUAGCACUAAUAAUAAUAAUAACAAUAAUAGUAUUCUACAUUGAAAUUUAAAUCUUAAAAACCAUUCAUUCAAAAGUACCCUUAAAUUAUCUCAACAUACAUCAGUAUUAUAUCAAGAUUGUUAUUGAGAGCAAUAAAUGAUUCUUCCAUAAAAUUCCUACUAAAUGUGUAUGUAAAUGAAAUCUUUUUGGAGAUGAUCAAGAAUUUUAGUAGUUAUAUAUUUUAAGAAUUAAACUCAAAUAAGGAAGAGGGUUUUGAAAUACAUGCAAUGAGAAUAUUAUUAUUUUAUGAAUCUAUACUAUUGCUAUUUUAGAAACAUGACAAAGAAUAUAAAUAACAGGUGAGAUUAUUUUAAGGAUUUUUAAGUUAGGUGUUGAAAGUUCUCCAAAAAUUCGUUGAGCAGCAUACUUAUUUAUUACAGAAACCUUAAGUGAUAAGGGUUUAGGUUUACAAAAAAGCAUUUGAAGUUAUAGGAUUAUCGUUUUAAUAUCCAAAUGAAGAAUUGUCAACUUUUAUGAUUAGAUAUUGCUAUGUCAACUUUAUAAAAUUGUAUUCUUAAAGUAAUUUGAAUGACAUGAAGGAAAUAAAUUUGAAAAUUUAAGAAGUUAAUUAGAAAUAGCAACCUAGUUAAAAACAGGAUGAAAAAUAAUCAAAAUAAUUAAGCCAAAUUUUUAUGAACCUUUACAUUAAGUGUUUGUUUUGCAUAGCCCAAAAUAGGAGUGAAGAUAUUUCAAGAAAGUUUUAUUAAUAUAGAAUAGUUGAGUUUCUCACUUAAGAAAUAGAUUUAGAGUUUGACAUUACUUAAAUAAGAGAAAAACCAUUAAAUAACUCCUCGCUAUUACAACAGGAAGUAAAUUAAUAUUGAUUUCUUAAUUAAAUAGUAAAAUAAUUAAGUUGAUUCAUCCAGUAAUAAUGAGAGAUUGAGUUCCAAAAUUAGUGAUAGGCCUAAUGUAAAGUUAAAUUUAUAAUCUAUCCAUAAAUAGUAACUAGAAGAAAUACAAGAAGAGGACAAAAAGCAGGCUAAAAAAAAUAGUUAAAUUUUAUUAAAAAAGGUUUUAGUGCCAACCUUGGAUUUGGAAGGGAAACUGAAAUAGAUUAAUAUUUCAAGUUAAUCUUAUAGCCAUAGUCCAUAAUUUAAUACAUCAGCGAAGCAAUAGUAGAAUUUAACUGUAUUACAAAAAGUCUGCCCUGAUGACGUUUUAUACAAUCAUAAAAGAGGUAAUUCAAUGCCAUUUAAAUCAGAAAUAUGUAUUCAAGCUUAAUUAACAGAAAGUUAAAGAAGAAUGUUAUUACAAAAGAAUAUAAACCCAAAUAGUAGUGAUAAGAAAUAAGCAGUCCCUAAAUUAAAUUUACCAAAUUCCUAACAAGAGAAAGAGCAAUAGCAAUAAUUGAAAUUAAAUUUUUCAAACUAACCAAAAGAUGAGUUAUUCUAUUUUAGUGAAAGAAAGUUAAGAAAAAUAUAUUCAGAUGAAGAAUUACACGCUAAUUGUUUAUCUUUAUUAAUUUGCUUAUUAAUAAAACCAAUUCGAGGAACAUUAGACGAUUUGUAUUGCUCUUAGUAUCCAAUAAUUAAUGGAAAACCAAACAUUUUAUAUUUAUUGCAUUAUCAUCUUAAUCAUCCUUAAAAUUAAAAAGUAAUAAAAUUAGUUUUAUAAAAAAUCACAAAUAUUAAGAUUAUAAGAUUGUUAAAAUUAUUGUGUAUUUCACUUUUUGAUAUAACAUAAUAUACUGAUUGGUAGAAAAUUGCAUCAGGUGCUUACGGAGUUAUCUAUCAAUGCAAAACCAAUUUGCAAGAACCCGAUUUUGUAGCCAUAAAAUAAAUGGGAACACCAAAAAGCAUUUAUGAAGUAAUAAUUCAAUUUAAUUUAUUUAAGAGAUGUGUGCUUCAUGGACUAUUUACAGAAAUAGCAUGUAUGGAAAAUUUCAGAUUGACCCCUCAAGUUGCCACUCUCUAUGAUUAUGGUGUAACUUCAAGUGACUAUAUAAUCGUAAUGAAGAAAUAUCCAUUAUCAUUAAAAGAAUGGCGAUAAUAACAGAAAGGAUUCUUUUAGGAUAAUUUAGGUGUCUAUUUGAGUUUGUAUAAGGAGGUUUUAUAGGCUGUAUAAAUGUUGCACAAUCAUAAUGUUACACAUUAUGACAUAAAAGCUGAUAACAUUUUGCUAGAUGGUAUGCACGUUGUUCUUACUGAUUUUGGAGAAUCUAGCAUAUUUAUUAAUGAAGAAGAUGAAUACUGUGUUAGAAAUAGGGGUACAGAAUAUAUAAAGUCACCCGAAAUGCUAACCUUGACUAUAAAUUCAAAAAAAGAAUAAGAUACAUAUGAUAGGAGAAAAAAAGUAGGAACAACUAGAUCUUCUGAUGUAUGGUCUCUUGGUUGCUUAUUAUUUGAAAUAUUGACAGGGGAAUUAUUAUUUUUUUAAAAAGAAUGGGCUUAAUUUUAUCUACAAGUCACAUAACCAACUGAAUAAUUAAUUCCUGAAGAUAAAUAAAAAGUAUUUUCGGGUUAAUAUAUUAGCUUCUCGGAAAUAAUGUUUAUAUCAUUGAUUUCUUGAAAUAUGUCCUUGUUAGAGAUUAGAAGCAUAGACCUAAUAUAGAAAGUGUUUUGAAAAGAUUUGAACAUGUUCAUGCAUUGUUAGUAACUAAUAAUUAAUAAAAAAUAACUCAAUAAACUUUACUUAACACAAAAUCAUUUGAAAUAUUGCUUGAAGAUUAUCAUAAACUGGUUUAUUACAAUGACAAAUAAGUUGCCAUAGAAUAAGCUUAACCUAUUCAUUUAUCCUUUUUUAAAGUUACUUAAGAAAUUUUCAUUUGCGAUCAAAACUAUUUCAAACAAAAUUAAGAAAAGUAUGAAAAAAUUUCAUAUAAAUUAGGCUGAUUGAAGUAGGAAUCACAAAUGUGAUUUCUGACACUUAGUAAUUAAAAGCAUAGGAUAUUAACAAAUUUCAAUAUAUUAUCUUCUCUCUAGAAAAUAUUGCUUAAUUACCAAAUUAUGUCAAGGCUGCUUAACUUGUCCCUCACAUGCUCGAUUACUUAAGAUUGAUUCUUCUUCACAAGGGCAAACUUAUAAUUGUGGAAAAUCACUCAUCUUAUUUGAGAGAAGCCUUGCUUUUGACAUUAUGUUAUUUUUUUAGGUUAAAUGCUUACGAAGUUCACAACAUCUUUAACAACUAACUACUAUUUUUUAAUGUUUCAAAUCUACCUAUUUUAAAUAAAUUAUCGAUUUAUUCCAAUCAAUUAACCCAACAUUUAUUAACUUAUCCUCGAUUACAAUGCAUCUGUGGUUGUGUAUCAUUCAUUCUAAAAAGAGAUUUCAAUGAUGAAAAACGAACGUAGAUUUAAUAAUGUCAUUGUCAUGGAAAUAUGUUAUGUAAUGGAGGGGCAGGAAUGACUAAAGGAUGUUCACAUUAUUUGAAAUUUUUGAGAGUAAUAUAAAUUUUUAUUUUAGAAACGAUAUAAAAUAUCAUGGGAAUUCAUUAAGUGGGGAUAAAUUGAUUUUGAUGCUUUUCUUAUAGGUCCUUUUAAUAAAGGGUCGAUUAGAUAAGAAAGCAAGAUAUAAAUUUUGUUAUCUUCUAUGGGAUCGAAUCAUAAUUUAGUUAAUAAUUCAUUGUAUAGUGAUUGGAAUGUAUAUUAAUGUAAUAAAUGUGAUAUGUGGAUGAUUGCAUAUAAUAAAUAAUCACAUGAUUUAUUGGUCAUUAUGAAUAAUUUAUAUAGAAAGAAUAACAAUAAGUUUUUCAAUGAUAAACUAAAAUUGCCAAAUCUAAAAAAUUUCAGUCUUUAAGAAUUAAGAUGAGCC